UUUCCUGUAAACUACUUCGCCCACAAGGAACCAUUAACAGGAAUAUUAUUAUAUACUACAUAUAACCUCUUGAACAAACUUCUGCUUGACCUUGCAGCAAAGUGUGAGAGUCAUGGCUCUCUCUAUCUUACUCACACUCACUCUCUUCCUCCUCCCACACGUUAAGGGCAAAGAUGUUGUCAUCGCUGAAGACGGUUACACCGUCACCACCUUAUUCGACGGCCACAAGCCUCAUAUAUUCCCUUACAUCGUCCUUCAACGACCCUUUUCUUCCGAUCUCAUCCUUCUCGAUUCUGUCAACAGCACUUUCUACACCGCGCAAUUCCCCAUUACCCAAGAAAUCGUUUUCACUAGGCUUUCAGGAGAUGGUUCUGUGGGGUAUUUGGAUGGGGACGUUGGUUCUGCUCGGUUUGAUAAACCCAGAAGCUUUGCUUUUGAUCUUAGAGGGAAUGUGUAUGUUGCUGACAAGAACAACCGUGCAAUAAGGAAAAUUAGUGCCAAGGGUGUGACCACAAUUGCUGGAGGAGAUUUCUCAGAAAAGUCGACCUCAAAGGAUGUCCCUGCACUUAAUGCAUCAUUUUCAAAUGAUUUUGACCUGACCUUCAUUCCGGGGAUGUGUGCUUUACUGGUGUCAGAUCACAUGCAUCGAUUGGUCCGCCAGAUUAGUUUGAAGGAGGAGGAUUGCACCUAUGGUUCUAGAUCUGGGCUAAGUGCAGUUAUGACUUGGACUCUUGGAUUAGGACUUUCAUGUUUACUUGGGUUAGUAAUUGGGUUUGCAGUGCGCCCUUACAUCAUCUCUAAUAAACGCCCCAAUUCUUGCCGUUGCAAAGAGACAUGGAAGCAUUGCCUAACCAGUCUGGGGAAGCUAGCUCCGAUGCUCUUCUACGGCGCCAAAAGCGCAAUUGCUAGCUGUAGUUGCUCCUCUGUUUACACGAUCUUGGUGAGGUUUUGGAGAUUGAGCCUCUCACAUUUUGUUUGCUUGUCUAGAAUUAGAAUCAACAUAGUUGCUCCAAGGCCACAUCUGGAGUCUGUGUCUUUGCUAGAUUUAGAUGCCUGCAAUAGUGGUGAGGUAACAAAACCAGGUAAGUACUAUGACCAAUUGAAGGAUUUGAUGAGUUUUGAUGAAGAUUCAACCAAGGGAUUCUUCAACAGAGGAAAUGAUAGCAUAGGAAGGAGGAAUGUGUGCCAUGAAGGUGAUCUCUUGGUGAAGGCUAACAUGGGCAUUGUAGAGCCACCUAAUGAUAACGUUCUCCAUCCAGACUCAUCUGUUUGUAAUAUGGGUAUUGUGAAGCGUAGAUGAAGUUAUUUUGUAUGACAAUUCUAUAUCUUGAAACUAGCAUGCAUAUACUUUCUCACCAACAUGGCAACAUCCAUCUUUUUUUACUUA